GCUGAGCGGUGGGAGGGGCGGGGAGGGACCAGCCGCGGCGGUGACAAGGUGCCAGCAGUGGAGGGGCCGCCGCCGCCCGGCUUCUCGCUGCCGCCGCCGCCGGGAGAAGUUUCGCUCCGAGCAACAGACGCCAGCAGCCGCCGUCGGAGCGGGAGGAGGCGCCGGGGCCGGGCCGCCAGGCACUAACUCGGCACGGGGACCCCGGCAGCAGCCUCCUCGCCCCGCAGCUCGUGUGCGGGACCCUCCCGCCCCGGAGCCGCCCCGCCCGCCCGCCCGCACCAUGGCAGCGCGGUCCCGCAGAGCCUGGCUGAGCGUGGUGCUGGGGCUGGUGCUGGGCUUCACCGCCGCCUCCUGGCUCAUCGCCCCCAGAGUGGCCGAGAUGAGCGAGAGGAAGAGACGCGCCUCCAGCCUUUGCUCCUACUACGGCCGCGCGGCGGGGGGCGCCCGGGCGCAGCAGGAGGCGGCGGCGGCGGCCGUGCUGGGGGGCACCGGCUUCAGGAGCAGCCCUUGGGAGCUGCAGCCGCAGGCGGAGGGGGGCACCGUCCCCAGCCCUGCAGCCGCGCCCGGCGGGGACGGGGAGCCGGAGGAGGAGGAGGAAGCCGGGGAGAAGCGGAGCGGCAGGCACCGGAGCAGCCACAACGGGAGCGGAGACUGGGGGGGUCCCGCGGGCUGUGCCAAGCCCCGCAACUUCCUCUACGUGGGGGUGAUGACGGCCCAGAAGUACCUGGGCAGCCGGGCGGUGGCGGCGCAGCGGACCUGGGCGCGCUUCAUCCCCGGCAGGGUGGAGUUCUUCUCCAGCCAGGGCUCCACCGCCCCGCUCGCCGGGCCCGGGCUGCCGCCGCUGCCGGUCGUCGCCCUGCCCGGGGUGGACGACUCCUACCCGCCCCAGAAGAAAUCCUUCAUGAUGAUCAAGUACAUGCACGACCACUAUCUGGACAAGUACGAGUGGUUCAUGCGGGCGGACGACGAUGUCUACAUCAAAGGGGAAAAAUUGGAGGAAUUCCUUAGGUCACUGAACAGCAGUAAACCUCUCUAUUUGGGGCAAACUGGUCUGGGAAAUAUUGAAGAACUUGGAAAACUCGGGCUUGAGCCUGGAGAAAAUUUCUGCAUGGGAGGACCAGGAAUGAUCUUCAGUCGAGAAGUUCUUAGGAGAAUGGUGCCACAUAUAAGUGAAUGUCUUCGAGAAAUGUACACCACACAUGAGGAUGUGGAAGUGGGAAGAUGCGUCCGACGGUUUGGUGGAACCCAGUGCGUUUGGUCGUAUGAGAUGCAGCAAUUGUUCCAUGAAAAUUAUGAACACAAUCGGAAGGGUUACAUCCAAGAUCUUCACAACAGUAAAAUACACACAGCUAUAACACUUCAUCCUAAUAAAAGGCCAGCCUACCAAUAUAGACUCCACAAUUACAUACUGAGCCGCAAAAUUUCAGAACUACGCUAUCGCACGAUCCAGCUCCAUAGAGAAAGUGCCCUAAUGAGUAAGCUCAGUAACAGUGAAAUAAAUAAGGAAGAUCAGCAGCUGGGAAUGAUGCCCUCUUUCAAUCGCUUCCAGCCCCGUGAAAGGAAUGAAGUCAUUGAAUGGGAAUUCCUGACAGGUAAGCUCCUUUAUGCUGUGGCUGAGAAUCAACCACCCAGACAAAGCAUUAAUAGCAUUCUGCGGGCAGCAUUGGAUGACACAGUGAUGCAAGUAAUGGAAAUGAUAAAUGAGAACUCUAAAUCUAGAGGAAGGCUUAUUGAUUUCAAGGAAAUACAAUAUGGCUACCGUAGGGUUGAUCCUAUGCAUGGAGUGGAGUACAUCCUGGAUUUACUGCUUUUGUACAAAAGACACAAAGGAAGAAAACUUACGGUUCCAGUGAGACGUCAUGCUUACCUUCAGCAAUUGUUUAGCAAGCCUUUUUUCAAAGAGGCAGAGGAACUGGAUGUAAGAGGCUUUGUGGAGAAUAUUAACAGUGAUAUUCAGUCUUUCUCUUUUCUUUCAAAUUCUUUAAAGAUUUUUUCAUCAUUCCAAGACACCAAAGAAAUAGAAGGACAUAGUGACAAGAAAAUACAUAUUCUUGUCCCUCUCACAGGAAGAUAUGACAUUUUCUUAAGAUUUAUGGAGAAUUUUGAAAAGACUUGUGUUAUUCCCAGGCAGAAUGUAAAGCUGGCAGUAAUUCUGUUCAGUUCUGAUUCUGGCCAAGAUUCCAGCAAACACAGAGAGUUAAUUAAAGAAUAUCAUAAUAAGUAUCCGAAGGCAGAUAUGACCCUAAUUCCUAUGACAGGAGAGUUUUCCAGAGGUUUAGGUCUUGAAAUGGCCUCAUCUCAAUUUGACAAUGACACUUUGCUGCUAUUCUGUGAUGUUGACCUGAUAUUCACACCAGACUUUCUCCAACGAUGCAGAGAUAAUACUAUUCAAGGACAGCAGGUUUAUUAUCCCAUUAUCUUUAGUCAAUAUGAUCCAAAAGUAAUAUAUGGAGGCAGCCCUCCAGGCGACAGUAACUUUGUUUUCACAAAGAAAACUGGAUUUUGGCGAGACUAUGGAUUUGGAAUCACUUGUAUUUACAAAAGUGAUCUACUGCGUGCUGGUGGAUUUGAUACCUCAAUUCAAGGCUGGGGACUUGAGGAUGUAGAUCUCUUUACUAAAGUAAUAGCUUCUGGGCUGACAGCUUUUAGAAGUCAAGAAGUUGGAGUUGUACACGUUUUUCAUCCAGUUCAGUGUGACCCAAAUUUAGACCCUAAACAAUACAAAAUGUGCUUGGGGUCCAAAGCAAGUACAUUUGCUUCUACCAUGCAGCUGGCUGAACUCUGGCUAGAAAAACAUUUAGGUGUCAGGUACAAUCGAACUCUCUCCUGACAUUCCAGCUCAUUCUGCCUUUUGGGGGGGAGUUUAUAUUGUUGUUGUUGUUUUUAUUUUACUGUCAUAUUCUUAAACUCCUCUUUGUCUUCCAAAGGGUGUAUGUUGACCUCAAAAAAGAUGAGACGGCUGUACACUAUUUCCAAUUCCUACUGAACUGAUUAGAUGUAUUACUUUCCUAUGCCCUCUAUUCAAAAUUGACCGAACUCAAGGAUAUCAAAUGAUCUCACGGAGCACAUCCAUCAUGAGACACUGCAUCAAACGAAUGUUCUCUUUGGGCUUUAGGAUGCAAUAUCAGUUUUUGUUGUAUUUGUCAAACUUAAUGUGAUACAUAUAUUUACUGGUGAAGGUACCACAAAAGUGCUUUAUGCUUCCUCUGGGGAAGGAACUCUGUAACAUAAACUUGAGUUUUAUAAUUUAUACAAGGACUUAUAUAUAUAUAAACACUACUUUUCUUCAUCUUAAGAAUUUUUAAAGUAAAUUAAUAACUAUGAUUGUACCUUUAUUUUUAAAAAAAAGAAAAACUGAGGAGUGUCUUUCCAAGUGCAACUGGUACUGGCUACCGAGGUCCUUAAAAGUCUUAUUGUAAUAAUGCGCUCCUCAUUAUUGUCUGCUCUGUGCGAAUGAACUUUAUUUUCUCAAGGGAAUGUGAUUUAAUCAAAUACUCAUGUACAUUUUAGAAGCUUUGUGAAAAAAUGUCCUUCAUUUGCUGGCAAGAAGAAACUAUGACAGAACAUGAUUAUUUAUAAUAAAGUGUAGACAUACAGUAUUCUUUUUCAAAACAUAGAAUAAGUUGCUGUGUCUCUUUUUAAAAUGAGUCUCUAAUAUAUACAUGAUUUUCUUUUACGUUCCUUUAAUAAAGCUGCACUUGAUACAAAGGGUGACAAAAGGUUAAUUAAAAUUGCCUUUUUUUACAUUUGUGCAUUAAUAUUGGUAUUCAGAAACCAACCAUUGUAAAAUUUCAAAAAUUGUAAAAAAAAAAUUAUUUAAGUAUGAACAUUUCUACUGCUGGUCAAAGUUCCUUGCCAGUAUAUUUAUACUAGUGGAAGUUAUAGGACUGUGUUAAGAUUUAUCUUUCUGGACAGCCUGAAAUUGUCAUAUUAUGGAUCUGUGGAAUACUUAAAAUGAAACCAACAUAAGAAACAAUAAAUAUAAAGUCAAUUUUUAUACUUAAGUUUUUUGUAUAGGGAAAAUAUGUAAUCAUUUUAAACAUACAUGUUUUCUCUUCAGGUGGUGUUUUCUUGCACAGGUUUUCUUUUUUCCUUUUUGUUUUUGACACACAUUUAGAAUAUUUUGCUCAGAGUCUUUGGUAACAACUCACAAAGUAUACGAAACCAUCAGAUUUUAGCCAAUCUUGAGUUAAUAUGUUGGAUGGAUGUAAUAACUAAUGCAGUUGACUUCAGACUAUAUUGCAAGAAGAGCUGGGCAAAUGAUGCAAAUAAAAAUUCCUCAAGUAUUUGUUCA